AUGCCUUUCGCCCCGGGGCAUUCGCAGAGCGAAGAAGAGUCACCACCGACCAGCGUUUGUCUGCUGGUUCGGGUAACGGGUGCGCACAGGGCUCCUGAGCCCUACCACCCACAAGCCACAAGGGAACACUUUGAAAACCACCCGACCCACGACCGCGAAAUCGAGCCUACAAACGAUGGACAUAUGGGUUAUGGAAUAGGACACCCUUGGGGUGCUUUUGGGCUGCUUUGCCGAUGGGAACCAAGCUGCGUCGAGAAGCGAGAAGACGAAAGCGUACGACAAGACCGGAAGAAUCGAGAAUGA